CGGGAAACUGGAGGAGCCGGGGCGUGUUUCCGGUGCUGGCGGCCGCAGACGGUGUUGAAGCCCAGGAAGCAGAAGCGUUCGUAAGAAGAGGUCGGGCUCCUGAAAGGAAAGGGAAACGAGUGGAGUCUGGGAAGGAGGAGGACCAUGGCCAGCAGCGAGCGCACCUUCAUUGCCAUCAAGCCCGAUGGAGUCCAGCGAGGCCUCAUGGGAGAAAUAAUCAAGCGUUUUGAGCAAAAGGGAUUCCGUCUUGUUGCCAUGAAAUUCAUGCGGGCUUCUGAAGACCUUCUCAAGGAGCACUAUAUUGACCUGAAGGACCGUCCAUUCUUUGCUGGCCUGGUGAAAUACAUGCACUCAGGGCCAGUGGUUGCCAUGGUCUGGGAGGGACUGAAUGUUGUGAAGACAGGUCGAGUGAUGCUUGGGGAGACUAACCCUGCGGACUCCAAGCCUGGGACCAUCCGUGGGGACUUUUGCAUCCAAGUUGGCAGGAACAUUAUCCAUGGCAGUGAUUCCGUGGAGAGUGCAGAGAAGGAGAUUGCCUUGUGGUUUCGCCCUGAGGAACUGGUCAAUUACAAGAGCUGUGCUCAGAACUGGAUCUACGAGUGACUUGGAAGCAGACCACAGUGCUCGUCCCAUGCUAGUUUUCUUCCCUCCCGCAGGCAAGGACCAGGCCAUUGCAAACCUGGUUAUUUCUGAGAACUUGCUUUUCAUUUGGAGGGAAACUCUGGGAGCUGUGGGUGCUCCACGUACAGUGUUAAAUGCUAUCAUCAGAUUAAAAUGUUCAUCUCAAGGAAA